AUACAUAUUGAGAAGAAAAAAACAUUUUAUUCAUGAAAGUAAAUAAAUAAUACAAAACAACAGAAAAUAUUUAAGCGACAACCAAGUGUAGGCAGAUGUAAACAAGUGUGUGUUGACGAUCGAACCAUUGGAUAACUGUUUACUACUAAUGUUUGUGGCUAUUGAAUUAAUGGCGUAAAUGUGUGUGUAGUGUCUGUUUAUAUUGUCUCCCGCGCAAAAACAUAGCGAAAAUAUAUUUUGUCGAUUUAAGGUUAUCAAGCUAAAGGAAUCAAUUGGAUAUUUUGAAUAAAGAUAAUUUUUUAACAAUGGCUAGUAUUCAAGUGACAUUUUCAAGUAAUGAAAAACCUGGAAAAUUAAAAAAGUGGCGUGUUGCUGUCGGAACUAUGAUAUCCGCGGGACGAGUAUUAUUUUUAUAUCAUCCUGUAAAUGCUAAUAAUGAGGAAGAGAAGGCGGAAAAAAAAUUUCGCGCUACUCAGUUUGGAAAAAUAACAGAAAUAUUAAUUAAAGAAGGAGAAAUUCUUCAACCUGGGCAAGUGGUACUUCAUAUGACAGGCUGUAAACAUCCAACAGUAAUGAAAGACUUGUGUGCAGAAUGCGGUGCUGAUUUACGUCAAGAAGAUGGAAAUACUAGUAUUAUCACAAAAGCAAGCGUUCCUAUGAUACACAGUAUACCUGAACUUAAAGUAUGUCCUGAAUUAGCUGAAAAAAUUGGCAAAGAAGAUGAACAAAGAUUAUUAAAAGAUAAAAAGUUGGCUCUUCUUGUUGAUCUUGAUCAAACUAUUGUUCAUACAACAAAUGAUAAUGUUCCAGCAAUUAUGAAGGAUGUGUUCCAUUAUCAACUUUAUGGUCCAAAUUCACCGUGGUAUCAUACAAGAUUGCGGCCGGGUACUAGACGUUUUCUUGAAGAAAUGAGUAAAUUAUACGAACUACAUAUUUGUACAUUUGGAGCUAGAAAUUACGCGCAUACAGUAGCUGCUUUGUUAGAUAAAGAAGGAAAAUUGUUCUCUCAUCGUAUUCUUUCCAGAGACGAGUGUUUCAACCCAGCAUCUAAAACUGCUAACUUGAAAGCUUUAUUUCCUUGUGGAGAUGAUCUGGUAUGCAUCAUCGAUGAUCGAGAAGACGUUUGGCAAGGAUGCGGAAAUUUAGUACAAGUAAAACCUUAUCAUUUUUUCCGGCAUACUGGUGAUAUUCAUGCACCUCCUGGUCUUGAAAAACGUGAUCCGGAAAUAUCGGAAACGGAAACUUCAACAACAAUUGAUCCAGUAAAACAAAUAACUAUCGUUGAAGAAGAAACAAGUAGCAAUGAAUAUGGAAUUACUACUACUGACAGCACAAAACAGGAAGAUAUUAAAGCAAAUAAUGAUAAUGAUAAUGAAAAUGAUAGUGAAAAAAACGUUCAAGUUAAUUACAGUCAGACGGUACCAAUUAUAGAAUCAUCUGUUCCUAUAGAUGAAAAUGUAACUGAAAAUAACAUUGAGAACACCGUCACAACGAGCGAAUCAUUAAAGACUGAAAAAACUCCAUCGAUAGAGGAAGAAAAUAAAUCAGAAGAUAAUAAAGAUAAUGUUAAAGAUGUACCAUUAUCUGAUAGUAAUGAUGAUGCUCAGAAAAAAGAAGAAGUUGUUGAAGAUAAAGAUAAUGAUGAUUAUUUAUUGUAUUUGGAAGAUAUUUUACGAAGAAUUCAUACUGAAUUUUACAAAUGCUUUGAUAAUCAAGAACGUAAACCUUUAAAAGUCAUUAUUCCUCUGGUAAGAGCUCGCGUUCUCAAAGGAUUAUAUCUUACAUUUAGUGGGCUUAUACCUACACAUCAGAAAUUGGAGCAAAGUCGCGCAUAUAAAGUUGCUAAAGCUUUUGGAGCUGAAGUCACACAGGAAAUAACAGAAAAAACUACACAUUUAGUUGCCAUUAAGCCAGGAACUGCAAAAGCAAAUACUGCAAAAAAGAAUCCAAAUAUCAAAAUUGUAAAUCCAGAUUGGCUUUGGUCAUGUGCAGAACGUUGGGAACAUGUUGAUGAGCGCUUAUUCCCUCUAACAUCAAAGGCAAGAGGAUCCAGAAUUCCACCUCCCCAUUGUAGUAGUCCAGAUAGAAUAGAAAUAAAAGAAGAUGAAAUAUCUAACGAUUUUGCCAGUAGUAUAAAUCCACUCAUGUCAUUUUCUCCCGAAGAAAUAGCCAUUAUGGAUAAGGAAGUUGAUGAAGACAUGAGUGAUGCUGAAAUGGAUGGCGAUGGUGAUCCUGAAAAUCUAGUUAAUGAAGAAGAGUUAGGCUCGUUCAUUGAGAAUAACAGUGAUGAUUCUUCAGAUUCUAAUGAUAAUCUUUCUGGACCUACCGAGAAAAGACGGAAAGUUCAAGAUGAUGACGAUGAUAAUAAUUCAUCAGAAGGAGAGAAAAAAGUACCUAAAUGUAUUGAUGAUGAAUAUUACGAUGAGGAUGAUGCUGAUGAUGAUGAUGAUGAGGAUCCAGUUACACGAUUCAGGAGAGGGGAAUCACUUCCAGAUGAUCUAGAUCUUGGUGAAUACGCGUCACAAGAUUCAGUAGAAAUAGAUGAUCCUGUUGAAGAAGACGAUGAUCGUGAAUGGAAUGCCAUGGGCGCAGCUUUAGAAAGAGAAUUUUUAUCAGAUUAAUGAUAAAAGAGUUAUUGAAAUUUGUACUAUUUUAAAAUGCACGUGUUUUUUAUAGCUGAGUUUGAUAUAUUUCUCGUAGAUUUUCUAAUAUGACAGUUAUUACCUAUUAUCUUUAAAAAAUAGUGUAAACACUAAUUAUUAUAAGGUUGCAUUGAUGAAUUUCAAAUUUGAUCAAUGCAAGACUGAAUCCAUUGUAUUAUUAAAUAACAACUGAACCAUUUCGAGCGUUAAUAAACUUUUUUAA